AAUUCACUAAAUAAAUCAAUUUGGAACUGGAAACUUUGGUCAGUUGCAAUCAUUCGAACAUCAUCAGAUGUUAUGGAGCUUUUCUAGAAGGAGCUUAGGUAGCAAUCGCUUUAGAAUACAUGAAUUUAGGCACUUUGCAAGAUGUAAUUAAGAAGUCAGGAAAAAUCCCUGAAGGCAUGUUAGGACUCAUUGCCUAUUAACUACUCAAAGGUUUGGACUAUUUACAUCGAACAAAGAAAAUCAUCCAUAGAGAUAUCAAGCCUUCAAAUUUAUUGAUAAAUAGUUAAGGGGAAGUUAAAAUCUCUGAUUUUGGUGUAAGCGGCUAAUUACUAAACACCUAAGACCAGCGAUGUACUUGGGUUGGUACAGUUACUUAUAUGUCUCCUGAGAGAUUUCUGUGUGAGCCCUACUCUUCGAAUACAGAUGUCUGGUCCUUAGGACUCUCUUUACUUGAAUGCGCUUGGGGGGUUUUCCCUUAUCCUCAUCCUGGAACCAACGAUACUACUCACUCCCUUGGGUUUUGGGAAAUCAAAGAAUACAUUGUUUCAAGACCAGCUCCUCCAUCACCUCCUGAUUUUUCCUAAAUUGGAGCUGACUUCAUAGCCAGUUGUUUAUAAAAAGAUCCAAGGUAGAGGAGGAGUGCUGCAGAAUUGCUGGAACACCCUUUUAUUAAACAAUUUGAGGAUGUGAGUCUACAAUAUUUAGAAGGUUGGCUUAACAUUAAUUAAUGA